AAUAGAAUUCAAUGUUUUAUGAAUUUUUUUUGUCAACUUGCUAUUGAUGUCAAUGAAAUAUAUUCGAUGCUGAGUGAUGGAAAAGAUGAUAACAGUGUAAAAUUUGUUUGUGAAAAUCCAGAAGAGCCAUAUUUGGGUGAAAUACAAAUUCAAUAUACAGACGAAUUAAUUAAUUCACUUGAUGAAAAAAAUAAAUCAUUAGCUGGCCUGGCACUUUUAUUUGGCCUUAGUAAAAUAAAUCAUUUACCAUUUUUGUUGCUUGACAAUAUUGAUGAUCAGCUUGAUGAUAAACAAUUUUUAUGUUUGAUGAAUUAUCUCAUGCAGCUUAAAACAAAUCAACAAAUUGUUUUAAUAAAAAAAUCAUUCCACGAUAAAAUCUACGAGUGUGCUGACAUUGUCAUCUUCGUUGGAAAAGAUACUGAAGAUGACAACGCUAUCGAGAAAAAAUUCUUUUUGAUAAAAAAUAAAAUUUCAAAUGUUGUCUGUGUAACACGUGAAGAAGCUAAUAAUUUUAUUGAAGAGAAUGCAACUCAAGAUUAA